AUGAGACAGGACUGCGGAGGAAAGCUCAUGCUCAACAUGUAUCUCUCAGAUCCAACAGAAAAUCUGUUGAAAGAAAGCAAAGGAACAACCUGGGGUCCGAUAAACACAGGAGUGCAGAAAGGCAGCGGUCAGAUCCAGCUGUGGCAGUUCCUGCUGGAGCUCCUCUCUGACAGCACCAACAUGUCUUGCAUCGCCUGGGAGGGAACCAACGGCGAAUUCAAGCUCAUAGACCCGGACGAGGUGGCUCGGCGCUGGGGGGAGCGCAAAAGCAAACCCAACAUGAACUACGACAAGCUGAGCCGCGCGCUGCGUUACUACUACGACAAAAACAUCAUGACCAAAGUCCACGGCAAGCGCUACGCCUACAAGUUCGAUUUCCACGGCUUGGCGCAGGUGUGUCAGCCGACCACCACGGAGCAGGCCAUCUACAAGUUUCAGGGCAACUUCUCCCCGAUCCCGUUCUCUGGGAUUUCCAAACUGAACCUCGUGGCUCCCGGCGUGGGGCCGUCGGGUUUCUCGUACUGGCCGGGCACCCCUCCUGCGGCUCUGUAUCACAGCCACAAUCUCCAGCCUCCAGGGCCUUUUGGCACCGUGUCUCCGUCUCACAUCAGCUGUGUCAACAACAUCAACAGCCUGAGUAACAUCAACAGCCAUUACAACUGA